AUCGACAAACAACAGCUGUUUUGUUAUCAAUCCUGUGGCGGGUGAUGUAACUUCGUCUACACAAAACCAUAUUGUUGUCCAUUAGUCCACUAAAUAGUGCAAGUGAUCGUGUCCCUUUGUAUAGUUUUUACCAUCAUUUCGUUAUUGUAAUUAGCGUGCAAUUAUGUUAAAGUUAGUAAGCGUGUUUAGAUGCCCAUUAAUACAACAAAUACCUCGUUACUCAGCCCGGCUUCUGCAUGUUGGCGAUGCUGAUGUUUUGCAAAGCUCCAUUGAUAAGAAUGCUGACGAGUUUAAGGAAAAUGUUGUUGAAAUGACUAAUUUAGUAAAUCAACUGUAUGAUAUUACUCAAGAAGUUCUGACUGGUGGUGGAACUACAGCAAUCGAGCGACAUACUUCACGAGGCAAACUUUUACCUAGGGAACGUAUCAAUUUGUUGCUAGAUAAAGGUUCAUCAUUUUUAGAGCUAAGCACUUUGGCGGGAUAUGAACUAUAUGGAAAGGAGGUUGUAAAUUCAGGUGGUAUUGUUACUGGCGUUGGUAGAAUAUGUGGAACUGAAUGCGUUGUGGUUGCUAAUGAUGCUACAGUUAAAGGAGGUUCGUACUAUCCGAUCACCGUGAAAAAGCAUUUACGAGCACAGGAGAUUGCACAAGAAAAUCGCUUGCCGUGUGUCUACUUAGUAGAUUCUGGAGGUGCUAACUUACCACGUCAGGCAGAAGUUUUUCCUGACAAGUUACAUUUUGGACGAAUUUUUUAUAACCAAGCAAACAUGUCAGCAUUAGGUAUACCUCAGAUUGCAGUUGUGAUGGGAAGUUGUACGGCCGGAGGCGCCUAUGUACCGGCCAUGGCCGAUGAAAGCAUUAUUGUUAAAAAACAAGGUACCAUAUUUUUAGCUGGGCCUCCUUUGGUGAAAGCUGCUACAGGUGAAGAAGUUUCCGCUGAAGACUUAGGUGGCGCAGAUUUACACUGCAAAACUUCUGGUGUAACCGAUCAUUAUGCGGUAGAUGAUGAGCAUGCACUUUAUUUAGCCAGGCAGGUUGUUCGUAAUUUAAACUUACCUUCAACAAACAGCUACAACGAACAGUUGUUAUACUCAAGUCAAAAGGCGAAUAGAACAGUCAAUGCUAAAGAUAUUGAAACGAUUGAAGAGCCAAAAUAUGACCAAAAUGAUUUGUAUGGAAUUGUAGGAACCACCUUGACCAAAAGUUUUGAUGUGCGUGAAGUCAUAGCACGAAUAGUGGACGGCAGUCGUUUUACGGAGUUUAAAAAACUAUAUGGUGAAACAUUGGUAUGUGGAUUUGCCAAGCUAUACGGUCAUACAGUAGGAAUAAUUGGAAACAAUGGUGUACUAUUUUCGGAAAGUGCUUUAAAAGGUGCGCAUUUUAUUCAAUUAUGCGCACAGAGGAAUAUACCACUAGUAUUUUUGCAGAACAUUACUGGUUUCAUGGUAGGCCGUGAUGCCGAGGCCAAUGGAAUUGCAAAGAAUGGUGCAAAAAUGGUUACAGCCGUGGCCUGUGCAAAUGUACCUAAAUUUACCGUUAUCAUCGGAGGGUCUUAUGGUGCUGGAAACUACGGAAUGUGUGGUCGUGCAUACUCACCCCGUUUUCUCUACAUGUGGCCGAAUUCCCGAAUUUCCGUGAUGGGUGGCACUCAAGCAGCCAAUGUUCUGGCACAAAUAACGGCCGAUCAACGUAAACGUGCUGGAAAAGAUUUUACCGAAGAAGAGGCCAACAAAUUGAAGGCCCCUAUCAUCGAAACGUUUGAAAAGGAGGGUUCACCGUAUUAUAGUACAGCUCGUUUAUGGGAUGAUGGCAUAAUUGAUCCGGCGAAUACACGUCAAGUGCUGGGUCUAAGUUUGAAAGCGGCUUUGAACAACGCUGGUCAAUCUACACGUUUCGGUGUAUUCCGCAUGUAAAAUAAUGAAGUGGAUAUGUGGACACUAUUGCAUUUAUUUGUAGGUACAAUUUGUAUCGUGUUGAGAAUAGUCUUAUUGGAAAUUGUUGCAUUUAUUAAAAUUAAGAUAUAUAUUUUUUAACAGUUUUUAAACAAUUAUUAUGGAUUUACAAGUAACAUAAUGUGAAAUGGUUAUAUCGAUGUAAUAUUUUUGGUACUAAUAUACAUGACAACUUUGCACUUGAAAAA